ACCUCCCUGCUUUACGUUUACAUUUCUCCGCCGUAAAGAACGGUGGGAAAGGCUUCCUCAAGACGACUUCAACAUACAGAUGUUAUUUAAAAACAAACAUUUACAAACUCAAUACUUUUUUUGACACACUUUUCCACUGGACCCUUGGGCACUCUCGAUUUUUUUGUGGGUGUGAAGCGAGUUGAUUUUGGAUCCCAGCAGACAUUCUGUGGUGGUUAGGCCAUGGCAACUGCACUCAGUGGCCGAAACCCUGGUGGACGUGGACCAAACAGAAAUAAGGGUCGAAUCUUGGGUAUCAUUGAUGCCAUCCAUGAUGCAGUGGGACCACCUAAACAAGCAGCCGCCGACCGGAGGACUGUGGAGAAAACUUGGAAACUCAUGGAUAAAGUUGUCCGCCUCUGCCAAAAUCCUCGACUCCUUCUAAAGAAUAGUCCACCAUACAUUCUGGAUAUCUUACCUGAUGCAUAUCAGCAUCUGCGCCUUAUACUUGUCAAAUAUGAAGAGAACCAGAGGCUCACACAGCUCAGUGACAAUGACUACUUUAAGAUUUACAUUGACAGCCUUAUAAAGAAAUCCAAACGUGCCAUUCGGCUCUUCAAAGAGGGGAAGGAGAGGAUGUAUGAGGAGCAAUCACAGGACAGGAGAAACCUGACCAAGCUGUCUCUGAUAUUCAGCCACAUGCUGGCUGAAAUCAAAGCUAUUUUCCCAGGAGGACAGUUCCAGGGAGACACUUUUAGGAUCACCAAGGCUGAUGCUGCUGACUUCUGGAGAAAAUAUUUUGGAGAAAAGACCAUUGUUCCUUGGAAAGUCUUCCGGCACUGCCUUCAUGAAAUGCAUCCCAUCAGCUCAGGCCUGGAGGCAAUGGCGCUCAAAUCAACCAUCGACCUCACCUGCAACGAUUAUAUUUCUGUGUUUGAGUUCGACAUUUUCACACGCCUCUUCCAGCCAUGGAGUUCAAUUCUAAGGAACUGGAAUUUCCUGGCAGUGACACAUCCUGGCUACAUGGCUUUCCUUACUUAUGAUGAAGUCAAAGCCCGUCUGCACAAAUACAUCAACAAGCAGGGGAGUUAUAUCUUCAGAUUAAGUUGUACUCGGCUCGGCCAGUGGGCCAUAGGCUAUGUGACCAAUGAUGGAAACAUUCUACAGACCAUCCCCAACAACAAGCCGCUCUUCCAGGCCCUCAUCGAUGGUUACAGGGAGGGUUUCUACCUGUUCCCUGAUGGUCGCAGUUACAAUCCUGAUCUCACUGGUUUAUGUGAGCCAACCCCUCAUGAUCACAUCAAAGUGACACAAGAGCAGUAUGAGCUAUACUGUGAGAUGGGCUCCACCUUCCAGCUUUGCAAGAUAUGUGCUGAAAACGACAAAGAUGUCAAGAUUGAACCCUGCGGUCACCUGAUGUGUACUUCCUGUCUUACAGCCUGGCAGGAAUCAGAUGGUCAGGGUUGUCCUUUCUGUCGAUGUGAAAUCAAAGGCACUGAGCCCAUAAUUGUGGAUCCCUUUGACCCACGAAAUGAGGGCAACAAGUGCUUCUUCCUGGACCAGCACAGCUGCCCCUUCCUGGAACUGGAUGACGAUGAAGACCGAGAGGACUGCCUGGUUAUGAAUGGACUGGCCAACAUCAGAAAGCACUGUGCUGAGCGCCAGAACUCCCCCAUGGUGUCUCCUAGUUCCUCACCUGUCAGCCAACACAGAAAAGCUCAUGGGGGAGACCAGAGUCACUGCUUGCAGCACCUCAGCCUUCCUCCUGUUCCACCCCGGCUUGACCUUAUCCAGAAGGGCGCCAUCCACUCCCCAUCCUCUAGUCCCAGCAGUUCCCCGAAGUCUUCACCAAGCAUGUCCAGAAAGCAGGACAAGCCUCUUCCAGCACCACCUCCCCCCCAGAGGGACCCGCCUCCUCUACCUCCGCCUGAACGUCCUCCUCUCAUCCCCUCAGAGAAACGCAAUUCUUGGCUUCCCACUUCUUCUUCUACCAGUGUGCUAACCCCUCAGACAUGUUGCUCCAGGGACAGCCCCUUUUCAGAGGACCAUAGGACUGGAUCUGAGCAUCUGCUCCAACUAGGACCCAGUGUCCCCCCUCACCUGAAUGGACGACCGUUCAGUUGUCCAUCUGCAGAAUUUGGAAAGUUACACAAAAUGGACAGGACAGGAAACUCAGAAAGCUGCAAGCCCUUCUCAAAUGGUGUUCAAGACAAUGACGAGUAUGACAUCCUUCCCCCACGAGACUCACCAAUGCUGUCCACAAUGACCAGUAGCCAAAACAGUGCUGUGGUGGAGAAUCAGCGUGGAGCAAUGGUGAGGGUGCAGGAUUACCAGAUCCCUUCAUCCAACCUCUGCCUGAGUCAGGCCCCCCUUUGCCUCUCUAUACCCAGCAGAAACUUUGAGAACAGCUCUCCAGAGUCCUGCAUCAAGGAGAAGAAGUCUAGCCCUGAGCCCAGGGGAUACUCAGACUCGCUCAGGGGGGCGUCACAUGCUGCCUCCAGCCUCUUCAACGCCAACAAUUCAUCAUCUGACUAUGACAUUCUGCUGCCCCCUCAAGCUUUAACAGACGCUUUUAACAGCGGCCCACCCUCCCAGCCUCCACCUCCUCCACCAGCUCGACACAGCCUCACAGAUCUCUCAUCCUGUAACUCCUCCUCCUCCUCCUCCUCCUCCUCCUCCUCAGCCCUUACAAAACCACAUCGGCUGUCCUCUGGUCAGGAUCACUUGCUUCUAACCCCAGACACAGUAAUUGACAUGCUGAACAAUGCUGUUCCUCUGCCUCCGCUCAGAAGACAUACAGAACAUGUUAAAGGCUCCAGAUGCUGCCUAGAAUUCAGCUUUUUAAAAGACAGUCAAGUCUCCAUGGACUGUUUACAGGCCCCCGCCAGACCGCCCAAGCCCCUCCCGAGGAAGAUCCCUUUAGACAGUCAGCCAGGUAAACCCCAGAGCCUGGACCUGGAGACUGUGGAUGCCAAGAUAGCCAAGUUGAUGGGGGAAGGUUACUCCUUUGAGGACGUGAAGCGGGCGCUGACCAUCGCCCAGUACAAAGUCGACGUGGCCAGAGGAAUUCUCAGAGAGUUUGCCUUAAUGGCCCCCAGACUAAACCUCUAGAACUGGAGACAUUGACAAGGACGCAAAGCAAGGAAGUGGAUAUGUGAAUGGAUUGACUAAAACAUGGCAGUCAACAAAAAUGUGCUGAAUAAAUAACAUUUUCAAAGCAGAGUUAACUUCAAAGUGGCUAAAACACUGCAGAAACACAAAAUCAGAGAAAAUACCGUUGAACCUGAACAAAAGAGAACCACGUUUGUUAGUGUUUACAGUGUGCUCUUCUGUUUUCAACACUUCUGUCUCGUGGUUUGAUUGAAUGAUCCUGCUCCUGUUGUUCCCCUUCAUAUUACAUACUGUUCUAGCCUCCACACGUUUUAAACAGAAAAAAAUACUUUCAGCUCAUUUGAUGUGCUUAGUAGAUGUUAGGGGUCACUUUUAUUGACAACCUGUGGUGGGCUCCACUGCUCUCUUCUCGAACUCCUCCACAUGUCUUCUUUUUAUUCCUUUUAAUGUCUGUUUCCCCUCACAGGAAAUACCUGUGUUUCAGAAUGAGAAGGGCUUUCAGGUGGGAGUCAGAAAGAGCCUGAGGAUGCCUUAUUGACUCCUUCAGAUCUGGAGAAUGUUCAGGACAGCUCUGGUGGAGCAGCAUUAUUUAUCACCUCGUGUCUUACAUGGACUAGAAGAGUGACAUUUUAGUGUUUUAGAUAUUUUUUAAAUAAUUUUUCAAAAGCCAGAGACAUUUGUGCCUGCAUUUUAGCCUAAGCAUUCAAAUGAGAGGUGUGUAUUGUUGUGUUGAUCAGCGUGCAGAAUGAUGUGUCGGAGCUCACAUAUGAAAAGCUCAGCGGUCGUCAUACUGUUACUUGCUGGAUCAUAUUUAAUAUCAAAGCCAUCACAUGGUGAAAGUGUCAAUAUUCCCAAAUGUUUGAGGAUUUUCUCAAUCUGUUUUCUGAUGCUGUGCUGCAGUGUAAAGCCAGUAGGGACCAACAGAAUCCUCUGAAGACCAUAGUAAAAUAGACAGGACAUAUGCAACUUCACUGUGCAGUACGGGUGAAUUUAAACUGUCUUAAAUUCAAAUCUGGAAACUGUAUUUCUGCCUUAUGACUUCAAGAUGUCUCACAUAUAUUGUUGGAGUUAUUUAAAUAUAAGAAAAUAUUUUUUUAUGGCCAUUUUGUUUUGUUAUACCAGAUGUUAACAGAUGUGUGCUGUACCAGGCAAGGUUGUAGUUUUUCCAUCGCACAUGUUUAAAAUAGAUGGUUAAAUUCGGCUACUGUAAUAAUUCCUUUUAGAUUACGUAUUGCAGUUUUGGGACUGUUUAAAUAAUAGUAUAUUUAUUGUGAACACCCAGGCUGUAAAUAAUCCAGAGUAUGUACAACAAUGUUUUUUAUAGGACAAGCUUCUUUCAGUUUGCUCCUGCACAAACACUUUUAUAUCUAUAGCAAUGUUACUGAACUUCCAAAUCUCUGCAGUAUAGAGAGUGCAAUUUUAUUCUGACUAAUAGAAAUGGUGGCAAAAAGACCCAAGCUGGAAAAAAAACAUCAAAUAUCCUCUGAAGUUUGUCAAUGAUACCUGUAGUAUUUGACAUUCAAAGAGUGAGUGACCUCUUAAUUCUACUUCCAUAGCAGUAGUCUGAUGAGUGUCUAACAGAGACAGAGCGUCAGAUGGAUCUGCAGUGAGGAUUUUGUUUAAUGUAUCAAUCAGAUUUUUGGAUUUUAUGUCAUCCUUAUUUCUCAAUACCUGGACUCAAAUACUUAUUAUUAUACAUAGUUGUUGGAGCAAAGUCAGCUCUCAGCAGUCUCUGUGUAUGAAUUAAGAAACCAAACAAAUAUGUAUUGACCCUUUUUCACAUCAAUGUUUUUUUUCCUGACCAGAAUGAUUAACUGUUUGUAGUUUUAUAUACUGAGGAGCUGUAUACAAUUAGGUGUGUUUGGUUCCUUGUCAUCGAGGCUAAUCCAAAGGCAGAAAACUAUCAAAACUAGUUUUGAAAGUUAGACAAUGACCCUUAUUUCUUUCCUGAAAACUAGGCCACCAACAUUUUACAAAAAGAUUUUCGAUGUGAAAUCUUGUGGCGUCUCCCUUGGGGUUCGGUUUUGGAUUUUCGGUUUCUGUUCCUUCUUUCAUUUUCUUAAACUUGGAAAGGUUUAAGCUCAGAAUUUUGCAUUUCAUUGGUCUUCCUUGUCAAGGGGGUAAGUUGCCUUAGAUUGCCAAGGGUAGUUUAUAUUAGUAGUAUUUUAUUUUGUUAUUAAUGUGGUCCGGUGAAAACAGUGUUGAGUAGGGCACAGAUUAAUGUGCAAUUAAUUUAUACACAAUAAAUGUUUUUCUUGAUAAGUUAUUUUCAUUAAUAAAGUCAAGAAUCCUUUG